AUGGCGACUUCUGCAUAUCACCUUAGAACCGAUUACUUGUGCGAAGCCUUUGGAAUCGAUAAUCCACGGCCGGAAUUCUCUUGGAGACUGGAAGCCAGCGACCCUUCGGAAAAGCAUGCUGUAGUGUUUCAAAAUGCCUAUCGUGUGCAGGUUGCAACCCUCGACACUUUCAAACCCACGAGUAUUGUCUGGGACAGCGAUAUCGUGCGCUCACAGGACCAAUCUGGUAUCGUUUAUGCUGGAGGCUUGCUGCAGUCCAUUACAAAAUACUACUGGCGGGUACAGUUAUCUGAUAUGCAUGAUAUGUGUAUUGGAUGGAGCAAGACUGCUACUUUUGAGACGGGAAUAAUGGACGCAAGGUUGUGGAAGGCCAAUUGGAUUACUGGACCCAUCGAGGACACGGAGCAUGCGAUGUACUUCCGAGGUUGCUUGACAAUUCCCACCGGUGUGCUCAAAGGCAGAGCAUUUGUUUCUGCUCUAGGUUGGUAUAGAUUAUUCGUCAAUGGAACCGACCUGACUGGAAACUGCUGUGUGCCGCGCUGGACGCCUCUCAAUUCUGCUGUCGAGUAUCAAGAUUACGAUAUCACGCAACACCUCAAACCUGGGUUGAAUCACUUUAGCGUUGUGGUUGGUGAUGGGCGAUGGAGAGGCAGUCUGGGACUUAGGGAUACGAGAGCCAAACAUCACGAUCCUGUCGCUGCAUUUGUGCAGGUCAACAUCAAUUUCAAAGAUGGCAAUCGAAUAGCCUACGGCAGUAGCGAAGAGUGGCUUGCCGGUACGGGAGCCAUCAUUCGCUCCGACCCAAAGCUAGGCGAAGAGCACGAUCUCCGAGUCAGCAGUGACGAGUGGCUGGGUAGAGUCGCGCCUACCCCACCUGCCGUGAAGGGUUCUCGGUGGACACGAGCUCGUCUGCUUCAAACACCACAAUCACGUAAACUGGUCGCCGAGGAAACACCACGCACAAAGGAAAUUGCAAGACUACGACCAAAAGGCAUCUUACGAUCGCCUUCCGGCAAGCAAAUCUUCGACUUUGGAGAAAAUAUUGCUGGCUUUGUGGUUGCAAAACUCAAAGGCAAGAGAGGUACGAAAGUCACAAUCACAUACUCUGAGUCUGUUGGUCCGAAUGGAGAACUUGAUCUGGAUUAUGCGUUACCUAUUGAUGGACGAGCCCAACGCGAUUCUUGUAUUCUCAGUGGAAAGGAUACUUGGUUCCAGCCCUGGUUUACCCGCCACGGAUUCCGCUUUGCAGAAAUUGACGGCUGCGAAGAUGUAGGUUUCAACGACGUCAAAGCCUUGGUCGUGUCUGCAGAUUUGACAGAAACCGGCAUGUUCACAUGUUCCGAUUGGCGUUUGGAGAGGUGGAGGUCAAAUGCUUUGCGCUCUAUGCGAGCCAACUUUGCAGACAUCAUCACCGAUUGUCCGACUAGAGAACGUCUUUGUUGGAUGGGUGAUCUGCAGGCCAUCUCUCCCACAUCGACCAUGUUUUUGGACACACAGACUUAUCUAAGGAGAAUGUUGAGAAACAUCGCUCUCGAGCAGUUACCGGAUGGUACGGUCCCGCCUUUCUUGCCCGGCGAGUGUGCUCAAGUCUACAAGGGCCUCUGGUGGCCCAUGUCGUUGAUCACGACGUCUGUUGGCUGGGGUGAUGCAUGUGUGCUGGUACCCUGGACACUAUAUCAGUACUACGGCGACAAGGCAGUCUUGAAACGCCAAUAUGGAAGCAUGAAGAANAAGAUGGAACAGAUGGUGAGAGAUGCCCGCAACGGCAGAGGAGGCUAUGGCAAAUACUACAAAGGCGAGCGCAACGAACACGAGCCCUACAUCCUCGACAGCGACAAGAUGUGGGGAGAAUGGCUGGAGCCAGGUAGUGGUAUGUGGGGACUGUUCAAGUCUCUCAUGAUACCCAGUCCCAACACUGCAACGGCAUAUUUCGCACACAACGCUGCCAUCUUGUCAAAGGCUGCUGAUGCUUUGGGAUACACUCAAGAUGCAGAGCACUAUAUGAAGCUCUCGGAACGUGUUCGCGAAGCCUGGCGUGCUGCAUUCGUAUACUCUGACUACCGUAUUGGCGACGACAAACAAGACGAUUACGUGCGAGCGCUGGCAUUCAAUCUGAUACCCGAAUCAUCCCGCCCUUGCACUGUUUCCCGCCUCGUCGAGAUUAUAGAAGACAGCGGCUAUCAUUUCGGCACCACCCUUCUCAACACGGCCAUGUUACUCACAGUCUUAAGUGACAACGGCAGGGCAGACGUUGCCUACAAGCUGCUCCUCAACAACCAACCUCAAACCUUCCUGAACCAGAUCGAAGCCGGUGCCACCACAAUUUGGGAGACCUGGACCGGAUUUGAUGAGACUGGAAAGGCCAAAGGAUCGCACAAUCACGUUGCUACCGGUGCAUGCACGCGCUGGCUGCAAGAAGGCAUUGUAGGCAUCACACCACUCGAGCCUGGGUAUCGUAAAAUCAAGGUCCGUCCACUGGUAGGUGGAGGGUUGGAGCAUGCGGCAGGAGGUAUCGAAACGCCGUUUGGAUUGUGCAAAGCUUCUUGGAGAGUGCUUGUAGCAACAGGGAUGAUACAACUCGGCGUCAUCAUUCCAGCAGGCGCAUCAGGAGAGAUCCAUCUAGGCAAUGGCGAAGUCCAUGAUGUACCCACCGGCACCCACUUCUUCGAGUGGCAGGGCUCGAAUGCACUUCCNCCUCCCGGAUCCUCUGCUUCUUCGAUUUUGUCUGUGGAGACUGUGGUCUUGGACAGAGCUAGUGUGGCCAGCCCUCCUCAAAGCCCUGGCGGAACAUUAAUGCCUUCGCCGCUCAAUCCCGGAACGCCAAAGAUGGUGACUAGUGGAGGAAGGCUGCUACCACCUUCGCUCGUACCACAAGGGACUUCGAAAUUGCGCAUCGACAGCGUGAACUCGAUUGCAGAUGUCAGUAAGCCCACGAGGAAAGGGUUUGUGCUGCCUCAGAACGGGGGUGUUAUUUCCUGGCCACCGAGAGCUUCGACCUAA